UGUUGGCUUCGCUGUAGGUGUCAAGUGUUUUAUACAUUUUUCUUAGCUCAGAAAGUAUUUGGCAGAUAUCAGGGAGUCAGCAAAAUGUUGAACUCUGGUUCACUUUCUUUGGUCAAAUCCAACUUUCAUCAAGCUGUAAAUCCUCAAAGACCCAUUUGCUCUUUUGAAAGAAAUCAAAAGGGAUUCAUCAUGGCUAAUAUCUCUUCAUCGCCUUCCAAUGUCAAUAAGGGGUUCAUUGUGGCUAAUAUCUCUUCAUCUCCUUCUACGGUUUCGGCUGAGCCCGUCAAUCAGAAGUUGAGUGGCGACUCUUUCAUUCGACCCCAUUUGAGAAAGUUGUCUCCUUAUCAACCCAUUUUACCUUUUGAGGUUUUGUCAGCGAAAUUGGGGAGAAAGCCCGAAGACAUCAUCAAAUUAGAUGCAAAUGAAAAUCCUUAUGGUCCACCUCCGGAGGUUCUUGAAGCUUUGGGGUCGCUGAAAUUCCCGUAUAUCUAUCCUGACUCUGAAUCUCGUCAAUUGCGUGCUGCCCUUGCUGAAGAUUCGGGGAUUGAAUCUGAUUAUAUUCUUGUCGGUUGUGGCUGCGAUGAACUUAUUGAUCUGAUCAUGCGAUGUGUGCUUGAUCCAGGGGACAAGAUCUUGGAUUGCCCUCCAACCUUCACCAUGUAUGAAUUUGAUGCUGGUGUGAACGCAGCACAAGUUAUCAAAGUUCCUAGGAAGCCGGACUUCGGCUUGAAUGUAGAAGCCAUUGCCGAGGCUGUUGAACGGGAAAAACCAAAAUGCCUAUUUUUAACUUCUCCAAAUAAUCCAGAUGGAAGUAUAAUUAGUGAUGGAGUUUUCUUGAAGAUCCUUGACAUGCCAAUAUUGGUGGUGCUGGAUGAAGCUUACAUUGAGUUUUCAGGAAUCGAAUCUAGAAUGCAAUUGGUGAAGAACCAUGAUAACUUGAUUGUUCUUCGAACAUUUAGCAAAAGAGCGGGUCUGGCUGGGAUCCGUGUCGGAUAUGGGUCAUUUCCUUUGAGCAUAAUUGAGUAUUUUUGGAGAGCAAAGCAACCAUACAAUGUUUCUGUUGCUGCAUGUGCUGCAUUGCAGAACCCGAAGUAUCUAGAGAUGGUGAAAGAAGCUUUGGUACAAGAACGAGAUCGGCUUUUCAGACUCCUUCAAGAAGUUCCGUUUCUGAAUCCGUAUCCUAGCUAUUCUAAUUUCAUUCUAUGUGAGGUGACAUCUGGAAUGGAUGCUAAGAAAUUGAAGGAUGACCUGUCAAAAAUGGGUGUGAUGGUCCGUCACUAUAACAACAAAGAGCUGAAGGGCUACAUCCGUGUCACUGCUGGGAAGCCUGGGCACACAAAUGCUUUAAUGGAAUGCUUGAGGCGUCUAUCAUGAUUUCAUUCCCUUGCAACGUUUUGCAAGUGACACCACAAGAUUCUUCAUUAGAGUUUAUAUUUGAAAGAACUCUAUUUAAUAAAUUUAUAAAUAUGAACACCAAAACGAAAUGCAGGUGACAUUUACAACCAAUGAAAGUUAAAAUUCAACUAAUUUCUUUUUAAAAAGACGUAUACAUA